GAACCCUGAGUCAAUGGCUUGGGAAAGUGGGUUGUAAAAAAACUGGGGAAAAGCAUCUCCAGCAAUAAAACUGCAGGUAUCUGUCAGAACUCCGAGGAAGAAGAAGAGGAGGUAAAGGGUGUGGCAAGGCGGCAGCCAUGUUGGGGGGCAUCCUUCUUCCCACCUCACUCUCACUCCCAUGGAUACGUUUGCUGUAUUAUUUUUGCCUCCUCUGUCUCAUCUCAUCCAACCGUCUUCUCGCCGGGACUGGAGCAAUAAUGGACAGUGGGGAGUACAGCCCUAAAAGCAAUGGUGAAUGCUCGGAAAAGAUUAAUGAAGUCUCACCAGUUAAAUGUGCAUUUGCAAUAUUUGAUGCUGACUUCUUCAAUGAUACUAAGAUAGCCGAGAUUGAGCAGGGUGCAACCGAGCUGAAUAUCCCUAUAUCAGGAGCCAAUCGUAAGUUAGUUGCUUCUGUUAAUGGAGGUUUACAUGAUCCAUCUUAUUUGGUUUUCAAUUCUGAGUGGGGAAAUGAACAAGUGCAAAGCAAAACCAAAAGAUUCAGUUGUCCUUCCCUUUCUGGAAUACAGAGGCCUGAAGGUGAAGAAGAUAUUGCCUUCAUGACUGUUCUUGAACUGGGGGAACUCAUUAAGACAAAACAAAUUACCUCUGAGCAGCUUACUCGGAUUUUUCUUCAUAGAUUAAAGAGGUAAUAAAGCAGAAAAAAGAAAGUUUCCUAUGUGUCU